AUAUAACGGCAAUUAUGUUUCCACUAAUAACCUCGUUAGUAUGGUUGUUCGACGAAAUUCCUCCAGUUUGGAUAAUUACUAUUGCAACACUUUUGCUUGAUGUUAAGUUUUUAUUCUUCUUUCGUGCUAUUGAAGGUUUUGGAAAUUAUUUUGCUAUUCUUAUUGGAGUAGCAAAAAAAGUAGUUGCAUUCCUCGUGGUCUUGGGUCUUAUUGUCUUUGCUUUUGCGCAUUCCUUGCAUAUUUUGCUACGACCAACUUCUGAAUAUUCUUAUGAUCAGCCGAAUUAUACAGAUGAUGUUAAUAAUCCAUGGAAUCUUGUUUCGACAUAUCAAUCUGUUUCGUCUAAUGGCAGUAUUGAAAGUACAUCUUUAAUUGAAACACCAGAUGCAAAUACAAACUUGUUUGCAGUAUUUAGUACGGCAAUUAUUGCUGUAUAUUUUAUGCUUACAGGAGAUACAAGCUCAGUUACACCAUGGGUUUGGAAAGACAAUUGGACUUUGGUGUUUUUAUUGAUGAUUUUCUCAUUUUUCACAACAAUAUAUUUAAUGAAUCUAUUUAUUGGAUUACUUAAUAUGGCAAUUGAAAUAACAAAUAACGAUGAAUCAUUUUUAGCUCUAAGGGGAGAG